AUGCUCAAUUUUACUGAUGUAACAGAAUUCAUUCUUUUGGGAUUAACCAGUCGUCCUGAACUGCAAGUCCUUUUCUUUGCGGUGUUCUUACUGGUCUACACUAUCACGCUGGUCGGGAACAUUGGCAUGAUCAUUCUAAUCAGGAUCAGUCCCCAGCUCAACAGUCCCAUGUACUUCUUCCUCAGCCACUUAUCUUUUGCCGAUGUGUGGUUCUCCUCUAAUGUCACACCGAAGAUGUUAGAAAAUCUGGUGGCUGAGAUCAAAACCAUUUCCUACACUGGCUGUAUAGUGCAGUGUUUUUUCUUCAUUGCCUUUGUCCACGUGGAGGUGUUCAUCCUUGCCGUAAUGGCCUUUGACAGAUACAUGGCGAUUGGCAACCCUCUGCUCUACAGCAGCCGAAUGUCAAGGACCAUCUGUAUUCGACUGAUCUCUUUUCCUUACAUAUAUGGCUUCUUCAUUAGUCUGAUCUCCACACUGUGGACCCAUGGUCUAUACUUUUGUGGGAACGUAGAGAUCAACCACUUCUACUGUGCAGAUCCAGCUCUCAUCAAAAUGGCCUGUGCAGGGACCUUCAUCAAAGAAUACACCAUGCGCACAUUGGCAGGGCUCAACUUCUCUUAUUCUCUACUAGUCAUUAUCAUCUCCUACAUUUUCAUCCUCAUCGCCAUCCUAAGGAUGCGCUCAGCAGAAGGAAGAAAGAAAGCCUUUUCCACAUGUGGCUCCCACUUGACAGCUGUCACCAUAUUCUAUGGAACCCUCUUCUUCAUGUAUCUCAGAAGUCCGACAGAAGAGUCUGUGGAACAGGGCAAGAUGGUGGCUGUGUUUUACACCACAGUAAUUCCUAUGUUGAACCCCAUGAUCUACAGUCUCAGGAACAAAGAUGUAAAGGAGGCCAUGAGCAGAGCAGUCAGUAGAACUUUUUUAACUAAGUAA